GUUUACAGGAAAAUUGCACAUUACCGUGAUUGCAACAAAAAGCGGAGACAUCUCCGACUGAUUUUAAUUAACCCAGUGCUAGUUCGAAUAGUUUGUUUUAAGCGUAGCCAUGUCCGAUAUUCAAACGCUGAUAGAUAUGGGAUUCCCCAAGGAGAAGGCCGAACGGGCUCUCGAAGUGACCAACAACAAAGGUGUAGAACAGGCGAUGGAAUGGUUGCUGGCACACGCCGAUGAACCACUGCCACCACCCGCGGCAUCCGGCCCUGCCGGCGAUAGUUCCAGCUCGACAGCCGAAGCAACGGACCCCACCACCACCGACACACCGGCAGGAGGGUCGACCGACGACCAAUCGGCCGCGGCUGUAGCGAAAUCGCUCAAAUGUGACGAGUGUGGCAAGCUGUUCAAAUCCCAGGAGGAGGUCGAAUUCCACGCGGCCAAAACGCAGCACAGCAGCUUCUCGGAGUCGACCGAGGAGAAGAAACCGCUCACCGAGGAGGAGAAGAAGGCACAGCUCGCCCUGCUGGAGGAGAAGAUGCGCCGCAAGCGGCAGGAGCGCGAGGAAAACGAAAAGAAGGAAGCGAUGGAGCGGGAGCGGCUGCGCAUCAAGUCGGGCAAGGAUAUGCUGGAAGCGCGGCGCAAGAUGGAGGAACAGGAGAUGAAGAAGCUGAUGGACCAGCGGAAGCGCGAAAAGCUGGAAAGCCAGCAGGCACGGGAUCGCGUCCGGGCUCAGAUUGAGGCCGAUCGGGCUGCCCGCAAGGCGAAAGAUUCCGGGGAAACCACUGCCGUAUCACCCACCUCCACAACGAGCAGCCCACCACUGCCGGUCGCUACGCCCAACCCGACGUCCACCACACCAUCGAAACCGGCGGAGACGAAAAAUUACACCACGGCCAAGAUUGCGAUCCGUAUGAUGGACGGUACGCAGCUCGUGCAAACGUUCCAGGCCGGCGAGCAGUUGGCCGCGGUGCGGCUGUUCGUGCAGCUAAAGAUGGACUCGGUCGAUGCGUCCUUCGGACUGAUGACCAACUUCCCGAAGAAGGUGUUCAGCGAGGAAGAGUACGACAUGCCGCUGGACAAGCUCGGCCUUGUGCCGAACGCAGUACUGAUCGUAACGAAGGCACCCUAGACGUAAGAGUAAGCUGUUUGUAUAAAUUCCCUCUAACCAAUACGGUUCGAUUGUCGGUUCGAUUCGGUUGUUUGUGAUCUAUCUGCGGUAUAAACGAUAUGUAAAAACGAUCUCUUUGAUCGCGAAAGGCUGGUA